AAUCGAUUAGUUGCCGUUCGAGCUUAGUUGUUAGAACAUCGCCUGAAGCCGCAUGGGAAAAUGUUGACUUCGAACUGGGCGAUAGUGUCGAUAUUCUGCGUAAUAUGCUCAUCUGUGUGUGCCGUGGAAGGUUAUCAAGAUACUAAUGGAGAGUGUCCACAAGGUUAUGAGCUCGUCAAUGGCCUGUGCUAUAGGAAGAGCUUGUGUCAGGAAGGUUACUUUAUGCAUACGGAUGGCAUGUGCUAUUCGAUAAACCCGAAGCCUUGCCCCUACGCACCCACACCCACAACCCCGACACCCACAACCACGGGCCCAACCCAGCGCCCACCUGCUCCGAGCUUGUGUCCGCAAGAAUACUUUAUGCAUACCGACGGCAAGUGCUAUUUGAUAAACCCGGAACCUUGUCCAAAUGCACCCACUCCUACAAGCACGACUACGAACACAACAACCACAACAACCACCACCACCACCACCACUACCACAGAGGAGCCCACCACUAGCGAGGAACCCACAGAAGAACCCACAACUACCGAGGAGCCCACAGAAGAACCCACCACUACCGAGGAACCUACCUUUGAACCUCCGCCUGUGCCUGAACCUGCUGAACAAGCCCGCUGUCCACCUGGCUCGAUAUUCUUUGAGGCACAGUGCCGCAAGAUAAUCUGCUCACAGGGCGAAUACCAUGCAGGUCGUUGUCUUAUGCCCGCCUGUCCCGCGGGCACGGUGUGGCGCGGCAAGCGCUGCCAGCCGCCAGGCUAUUUGACAACCAUACUCGAGAUAGAUAACGUGAUCAAGAACAAGCAUGAGUAUCAGACGGUGACAGAGAACGUGAAUCGUGUGGAGUACCAGACCAUUAGGCCCUACGAUCCGAACGAGGAUAUCAGCUAUGACAAAGCGAAGCCACCAACGAAAUUAACAGUUUCGACCUCAACGUCAGCCAGUGUGACCCCACAGCCAGCGACGGAUUGUUGCACGGUCAAGAGCCCGCGUAUCUGUCGACCCUAUCCACCAACAUGGGUGUGCACUUUGUUGAAAUUAGAUUAAAUAUAUAUAAAUAUAUAAAAUAUAUAUAUAUAUA